UCCAAAAUAUUGAAAAUAAUGAAAUAUGAAAGAUCUAGAAGCAAAAUGAUUUUUCACCGUUUUGUACUUGAAAUAUCAUGAAAGAUUUUAAAGAAAUGACUGCUAUUGAAAUCAAAGAUCGUGGCAAUGCUCAUUUUAGUAAAAAGCAGUACGAAUCAGCUAUUGACUGUUACAGCAAAGCCAUUCUCAAAAGCCCAGAUAUGGCGACAUUGUUCACAAAUCGAGCACUGUGUUACCUCAAAUUGAAGAAGUGGGACUUGGCUUGCAAUGACUGCCGACAUGCUCUGGAACUGGACAGCAAUAUUGUAAAAGGAUAUUACUUCCUUGGUCAGGCACUACUAGAACAGCAUUUGUAUGACGAAAGUAUUAAAUAUUUACAAAAAGCUCUGGAAGCAUCCAAAGACCAGAAACGUAAUUUUGGUGAUGAUAUCUCAUACUCACUCAGACAGGCCCAGAAAAGGAGAUUUCAAAUUAAUGAAGCAAGAAAAAUACAACAGGAAAUUGAACUACAGACAUAUCUCACACAUUUAAUUAAAGACGAUAUGGCAAGAAGAGCCUCUGCAAUUGGAGAGAUGUGCGAAGACGAAAUUAUAAAUGAGACGCGAAAAAUAGAAGAGGAAGGAAACAAACAUAUUGCAGAGGUUAACGAACUGUUUUCAACAGUGGAUGAAAGAAGGAAGCAGCGUGAAGUCCCAGAUUAUUUAUGUGGAAAAAUUAGUUUUGAAAUCAUGAAAGAUCCUGUUAUUACUCCAAGUGGAAUAACAUAUGAUCGCAAGGAUAUCGAAGAACAUCUACAGAGAGUCGGUCAUUUUGACCCAGUUACAAGGACAGAACUGAAACAAGAACAGCUUAUACCGAACUUAGCUAUGAAAGAAGUUGUUGACACUUUUGUGAGCGAGAAUGAAUGGGUGGUGACGGAAUAUUGAUAUUGUGUAUAUUAGGUAUAUGAUUUUAUGUUAUCAUGAUAUAGGAGAUUAUGAUAUAAUGGUACAUGUGUCAUCUUAGUUGUGUGAAUAUAAAUAAAAGUAUUAUAGGAAAUGGUACGUUUAUAUGGAUCAAACAUUGCCAUGGAAAUGAUGCCUAACACUUACCAAAGGUUGUACAGUAUUGAUCAUACUCGAACCCGAGGUCACAUUGACCUUUGUUUAAGACUAGAGCGCACAUACUGUUUCGACUGCUGCCAGUUUGUUUGCAUUGUUGUAAAUCAAGUAAAUGGCCUAGUUUAAUAUAGAUAUGAUUAGUCAUAUCCACUGCAAUCACUUUACCUACCUUUUUGUGUGAAAAUGGUUGUACCUUUACCAAUGAAGCAAAUAAAGUUGCACAAAGUUAAAUACCACAUUUUUU